CUCCAAAUGGCAUUUCUAAAUACGCUCACACCUACAAAACCGUUUUCACUCCCUUCAUCUCCUUCCCUUCUCAUCCAUUCCAUGCUCGUUAGAUUGUUUCGUUCUCCCAUCCAUCGCCUCCUCCCAAUCAAAACCAGAAUUCUCCCAAACCCCACCACCUCCUUCUUCCCCCAUCCUACUCGCAGCAUCCAUACUCGCACCGUUCUCGCCAUGGCAGAAGGGUCCCACACACACAAACACACCAACCGCCUCGCGGCGGAGCACAGCCCUUACCUGCUCCAGCACGCACACAAUCCGGUUGAUUGGUACCCAUGGGGUGAGGAAGCUUUUGAGAAGGCUCAUAGAAAAGACAUCCCAAUCUUUUUGUCAAUUGGAUACAGCACAUGCCAUUGGUGUCAUGUAAUGGAGGUGGAGUCAUUUGAGAAUGAAGAGGUUGCUAAGAUGCUAAAUGAUUGGUUUGUUAGCAUCAAGGUGGAUCGUGAGGAACGGCCAGACGUUGACAAGGUGUACAUGACUUACGUACAGGCAUUAUAUGGUGGGGGUGGUUGGCCACUGAGUGUCUUCCUUUCUCCCAAUCUGAAGCCCUUAAUGGGUGGAACUUACUUCCCUCCUGAUGACAAUUAUGGACGACCGGGUUUCAAAACUGUCCUCAGGAAGGUGAAGGAAGCUUGGGAAACUAAACGGGAGGUGCUUGAGAAGAGUGGAACCUUUGCAAUCGAGCAACUUUCAGAAGCACUGUCCACAAAUGCUAGCUCUCAAAAAUUACCCGAUGGGCUUUCCCAAGAUGCAUUGCAACUGUGUGCUGAACAGCUAACAAGAAGUUACGAUGAAGAAUAUGGUGGAUUUGGAUCGGCCCCAAAAUUUCCUAGGCCUGUUGAGAUUCAACUCAUGCUUUAUCAGACAAAGAAACUGGAGGAAAAUGGGGAAAAAAGUGAAGCCAAUAGGAGUUUGAAGAUGGUUUGUUUUACCUUGCAAUGCAUGGCCAGAGGGGGCAUUCAUGAUCACAUUGGAGGUGGUUUCCAUAGAUAUAGUGUGGAUGAGUGUUGGCAUGUUCCUCACUUUGAAAAGAUGUUGUACGAUCAGGGACAGCUUGCCAAUGCUUAUUUGGAUGCAUUUUGUAUCAUAAAAGAUUCCUUCUAUUCAUCCGUGGCCCGCGAUAUUCUUGAUUAUUUGAGGAGAGAUAUGAUUGGAGCACAAGGUGAGAUCUACUCAGCUGAAGAUGCUGAUAGUGCUGAAUUUGAAGGCGCUUCAAGAAAAAAGGAGGGAGCCUUCUAUGUUUGGACAAUUAGUGAGGUUGAAGAUAUAGUUGGAGAUGCUGCAAAUAUUUUCAAGGACCAUUACUACAUAAAACCUUCAGGGAAUUGCAAUCUUUCUACAAUGAGUGAUCCUCAUAAUGAAUUCAAGGGGAAAAAUGUACUGAUCGAGAGAAAAGAUGUUUCUACGAUGGCAUCGCAGUUGGGUAUGUCCAUAGAUGAAUACUCUGCUCUUUUAGGAGCAUGCCGACAGAAGCUUUUCAAUAAGAGGUUGAAUCGGCCACGACCACAUUUGGACGAUAAGGUAAUUGUUUCAUGGAAUGGGCUUGCAAUUUCUUCUUUUGCGAGAGCUUCUCAGAUUCUCAGGACAGAAGCUGAAGGGACCAAAUUAAAUUUUCCUGUUGUUGGCUGCGAUCCCAAGGAGUACCUGGAAGUCGCAGAAAAAGCAGCGUCUUUUAUCGAGAGUAGGCUUUACGAAAAGCACACAGGCAGGCUGCACCACAGCUUCCGGAAUGGCCCAUCAAAAGCACCUGGAUUCUUAGAUGAUUAUGCCUUUCUAAUUUCUGGAUUGCUGGAUCUGUAUGAAUUUGGUGGUGGGACCCAUUGGUUAUCAUGGGCAAUUGAACUGCAGGCUACUCAGGAUAAGUUGUUUCUCGAUGGAGAUGGGGGAGGCUAUUUUAACACCCCGGGAGAGGAUCCGUCUGUCCUACUCCGAGUAAAAGAAGAUCAUGACGGAGCAGAGCCUUCUGGGAACUCGGUGUCAGCAAUCAAUCUCAUAAGAUUGUCGUCUAUGGUUGCCGGCAAUCUGUCUAGCUAUUACAGCGAGACUGCAGAGCAUCUUCUGGCAGUUUUCGCAUCAAGGUUGAAAGAUCAGCCCGUGGCCGUGCCGCUGAUGUGCUGUGCAGCAGACAUGCUAUCUGCUCCUAGGAAACAAGUCGUGUUGGUUGGCCAUAAACCUUCUGAAGAGUUUGACGACAUGGUUGUUGCUGCACAUGCAUCCUAUGAUACCAACAAAACUGUGAUCCAGAUAGACCCCAACAAUAUUGAAGAAAUGGAGUUCUGGGAGACCCACAACCAGAACAUUGCCCUCAUGGCAAAGGGUAGCCCAGCAGGCAAGGUGGUGGCCCAUGUCUGCCAGAAUUUCACAUGCAGUGCUCCUGUUGCCGAUCCAAAGUCUCUCGAGGCCUCGCUAAAAAAGCCAGUCACUGCUUAUACAAAGUAGUUGGAGGAAAAAGAGAUGGAUGUUCCAUUUUAAAAAAAAUGCUUGUGGAUGUAAAAGGGCUUUAUUAGUAGUUAGUUAUCACUUGUAAAUGCUAAGUUAUAGAUUUGGCGUCUACUUAAAUCUCUAUCUGUAUCUAUAUUGUAUGUACAAAGAGAAAUGCUGCCGCUGCAGACGGAAAAAGAUGAUGAUGGUAAUAGCGAA